GGGGAAGUGUCUGUCGCUGGUGGCUGACGCAUUGCGCAUGCGUCAGCAGGCACUUUCGCUACCUGCCACACACGCAGUAUUUCACACGCGGCCGCGGAGACUUGUCACCCACUUGCGUGCGCGCUGCCGACGACGCCGGAUGACACUGCGAGGACGAACACACAACACUGCGCCUUUUCCCACCCACUUGUUGCUUGUUUUUUUUUUUUUUUUUUUUUCCUGCCUUAGCGUGGACGCGAGGAUGAAUAGGAGAAUACAACAUAUAUAAGGAGUGCUCUUUUUUUCCCAUUUUGAUUUUUUUUUGUUGAAAUUAAUUGCAGAAGAUAAUCGCGAGCGGGAUGAAGAAUUAAAGUCUUAAAGUUCGGAGCGCACAAAGUUAUGUCCAAACCGAUGGAUCACGUCAAGCGCCCGAUGAACGCCUUCAUGGUGUGGUCCCGAGCCCAAAGGAGGAAAAUGGCCCAGGAGAACCCCAAGAUGCACAACUCGGAGAUCAGCAAGCGUCUGGGCGCCGAGUGGAAACUUCUGAGCGAGGCGGAGAAGAGGCCGUUCAUCGACGAAGCCAAGCGGCUGCGGGCCAUGCACAUGAAGGAGCACCCCGACUACAAGUACCGGCCCCGGCGGAAGCCCAAGACCCUCAUGAAGAAGGACAAGUUCGCCUUCCCGGUGCCCUACAACCUCGGGGAGCACGACGCGCUCAAAGUGGGCGGCCUGUCCGCCGUCGCUCUGCCCGAAAGUCUCCUCGGCAGCCCGGACAAGGCGGCGGCGGCCGCGGCGGCGGCGGCGGCGCGGGUCUUCUUCAACCCGUCCGUGCCCACGAACCCGUACUCCUUUUUCGACCUGGGCUCCAAGAUGAGCGAGCUCUCGCCGCACUCCUUCCCCUACGCGUCGCCGCUGGGCUACCCGCCGAGCGCCGCCGGUGCGUUCGCGGGGGCCGGCGGCGGCGUGGGCGGCGCGGGCGGCGCGCACACCCACUCGCACCCGUCCCCGGGCAACCCCGGCUACAUGAUCCCUUGCAACUGCGCGGCCUGGCCCUCCGCCGGACUGCAGCCGCCCCUCGCCUACAUCCUGCUCCCCGGGAUGGGGAAGCCUCAGCUCGAACCCUACCCCGCCUACGCGGCGGCCUUGUGAUCCGCCCCGCGCCAGAAUUGAAACAAAAAAAAAGAAACUAUCGAUGCAUUACUUUGAUUUAUGCAUGCACGAACUGGAACAUGCGAUGACGCGUGCGUAUAUCGCAGCGAUAUGGAUGAAUGCCUUUAUUUAAGGUCUC